AUGGGUGGAGCAGCGGCGUCUGCGCACGACGACCGCAAACUCGCCUUCCAAACCCUCACCACCCCCCGCGACCGCGCAGACGCCCUCAAGCUCGUCGUCGACAGCGUCGCCCAGCAGCGCCAGGUCGCAUCACGCGAUGUCGUCUUCAACCCCAUCUGCGUGUCCGCGCUCGUCGCCGCGCUCGCCGUCGCCCACGUCGCCAUGAGGGCCAUGGGCCACGACUUCAGCGCCAUGCUCAUCACCUACUCCGGCAUCGUGCUCAUCUACCUCAGCACCAUCCGCUACGCCGCCAGCACGUACAUCCGCAUCGCCGAGGAGACGGAUUGGCACGCCUGGCUCGAGAACGAAGACGGUGGUGAGGCCGUUGUGCUCGGCGCGCGGUACGGGACUGAGCUGAUCGCCGCUGUUGUUCUCGACCUCCCCAAGCAGCGCAACGCCCGCGCAAAGUCCCAGCCCAAGGCCACCAUCCGCGCCUGGACGACCAAGAUCCGCUACCGCCGUCGCGGCCUCGGAGGCGACAUGCUCCGCGAAGCCGUCAAGGCCGCCAAGCAAGCCCGCGGCCCCAAUUGCGCCGUCGAGUUCGCUGCCGACCACGUCCACAGCAGCGUCGCCCUGUACGACAUGUUCAACGGCCCCUUCGUCAGUCGCCAAGCCCAAGCUGUCAGAGCAUUGGCAUCUGCCGUGAAAGAGGUGGAGGCGGGGGAUUCAAGUCAGCACUAA